AUGCUGGCAUUUUUAUCUUCUUCUGGAACCUGUAAACCUAUUUCCAAUGGUUAUCAAAUGGAAGACGAGGUGCUGACGGGGGCGGUGCUGGGGCCGGGCCGCUCCAGGGUGUGUGCCACCCUCUCUGGCACUGAUUGUGCUUCUAGUGGCACUGGUGAUCCUGGUGACCUUCAACCUUACAACGCCGCAACUCGCUACGUUGGCACUGAAAAGCCUCGUAGUUAUAGCGAUGAUCCUGGAACUUUUGGGGCUGAAGGAGAAGUAACGUCGUGCGGGUCAGAUCAGGACCUGACUUCUUUCACCGUCUGCGCCUUCGUCAGGAUGGACACGAGAAACAGGCGUUCCUCGCUGCUAACCUACGUCAGUUGGGCCAACAUUGUAAUAGAGGCGACCCGUCUGGGGCUGGCGCUGCUGGUGCAGGAGCCAGACGGCCAGGACCUUCACAGCUUCUUUGAGGCCAAGAUGCCCCCGGAGGUCUGGCGUCACUUCUGUCUCCAGUUUCAAUACGACACACUUCAGGUGAAUGAACACGAAUUCCUCUAUUAA